AGCAAAGUCAGUGGUGGAUCUUCCUUCCUUGUGACCCUCCUCAUGUCUAGACAGAAUGGACGAGAGCACUUUUGAAACGUUUGAUGAAGAACUUGGGACGCCGCUGAAGGAUGUUUCACCACCAAAACCUCUCAGACAAACACGUCGGCCGGAAAUGUAUUCACAAAGAAGGGUGAGAGAGGAACCUCCAGUCGUUCAGCAGGUCCCAAAGUCAGUACCGAUAGAGACUCCAAUCUCAAGAGGAAUGUCACUGCGCAAGGCCUUGUCGAUGCAGAACGUGACUCAGAUCGAGCCGCCGUGGGAGGGCGUGACGCUGAACCGCUGCCUCUUCAUAGCCAUCACUAUUCUGGUCCUCGCCUCUGGAUGCCAAAGGCUACAUGAGUUUCUACGAGGACGUAAGGUUGGGACGGAUGUAGAUGCUGCACUGAACAUGAAGCACAGCGCUUUAAAAAAAAGUCACUUACUAGCACCUGAGAUGGAGACGUCUCUGUGGGACACGUUCUUCAGUUGGCUGAGCGACGACUACGAUGACGACGAAGACGAUGAGGACGACGAGGAAGAAGGAAGCAGAAGAGACAUAUCGAGGAAGGCAACACGAGGAAGAGCGACUCGAGGUCUAAGACACAAAACCAUACCUGACAGAAAGCUGCUAAAGAACAGAGAGGGUCGACAAAAAGGACGUAGAGGAAAGACGAGACCGGAUAAAGACGAGACUAAGACGAAAGUGAAGGCACAGAGAGAGACGGUGAAGAAACCAAAAGAGAAGAAGAUGGAAAGAGAGAGAGAGCAGGAGACAGAAAGGAAGAAAAUAAAGGAGAGCGUGAAAAAAGCUGGUCUGAAAAUAGGGAAAAAAGACAUAAAGCAAAAAUCAACUUAAAGAGGUGCGAGAAUAAUUUAAUUUGAAAGUGAACGAGUUGUGAUGAUUGUGCACUAAGCAGUUAUGAAUGUUGAUCAAGAGGUCAACAAGACUUUAAUUGUUAAA